GUUCAGCAUGAGGAAUAACGAGGAGACUGAGGGCUUUGAUGGCGAGGCCUCCAACACCUCUAUGAUUUCAGGAGCCCACAGUCCGUAUCAGCCGACCACCGAGCCCGUGCACUCCAGAAACGUGUUCAGGGCCAUCAGGUGUGACCUGGACUAUAUCAAAUCACAUUUCGGUGUUUUAAAAGUUAUCGAAGUGGUCCUGGCUCUCAUCUCAUUCAUCUUCAUUGAGACCAUAAUGAUGUGCUCGCCCUGUGCCGCCGUCUACCUCUUUGAGUUUGUCAGUUGCAGUGCCUUCGUUGUCACAGGCGUCUUGCUCCUCAUCUUCAGCCUGAACCUGCACACCAAAGUGCCCCAUAUCAACUGGAGUCUAACAGAUCUUAUCAACACUGCCACCAGCAGCUUGUUCUUCUUUCUGGCUUCAGUGGUUUUGGCAGCUCUCAACCAUCGAACUGGAGCAGAGAUUGCAGCUGUGAUCUGUGGGUUCCUGGUAAUGGGUGUGUACGGUCUGAACACAUAUUUGGCAGUUCGGAGAUGGCGUCUCGGGGACUCGCGAGAUGGACCCCUGCAGACCAGCGAGUACAUCCGCGCCCGCACAGCCUCGCGGGGAGAGGUGGAGUCACGGCCUGAGCUGCAGUAGAGCACACAGGUGGACCAAAAAACACUGAGACAACACAUUCCUCAUGAUGGAAGCCUGAUGUCAGGACGAGCGCUUACAAACAAACAAUUGCAUGAACAGUCUGAAAUGGAACAAACUUACUGCACCUUCAUCAUCAUCAGUCUCAGGCUGUUGUCACUUGACUGUGUACUUAAAUACUGUAUCUCUCUGCUAAUUAAGGGCUUUACCUUACCAUGAUCUGGAUAAUUGUUGACUGACACUGUGCUCCUAAAUUCCCAGCAGGGAACCUGAAAGGUUUAAGCGAUAUUUCUGACUGAAGUGGAAUGGGAAUUUGUGGUAGUGUUUAUGAGCAAAAAUAUGCAAUUGUGUUCCUGUAUCAAACUCAUUGUAAACUGCAGUUGCAUCGGGAUGUUUUUUGGUAGAGAUGGUGUGACUAGAUAUUAGGAGCACCAGUAUUUAUUUUAAUGCUAAUUAUUUUCGCAAUACCACAGCUUUGGUAUCUACAUUGCAUCAAAUGUCGUAUUUCACCUUGUGAAUGUAACCCUGCAUUACAACAGACAGCAACAGCUUUCAGACUGUCUGUGUGGGUGAAGGGAGGUGUGACACUUGACACUAGUCAAAGUCUAUGACACUUUUUAGAUACUAAUGUAGUCUAGAAGCUAAUCUAAAUUAGAUACAAAUUUUUAGUUACAAAAUUGUGCGUGCAUAGUCUAUCGGACAUUUAGUUUUUGUUGUUGUUUGUAAGAAUUUCUCUACUCCACUGUGUACUCCAGCCCUCGAUUUAAGCAAGGGUAGAGUUUUUGAAGAAGGUGUAAAUAUUACGUAUCUGUGUGUGACAUUUGACAUUUAUGAAGGUUUCCUAUUUGUAUGAAUUCUUAUUAUGACUGACACUAAUAGACUGUAUUUGUGCUGCAGUACAUAUGAAUGCAUUAUUUUUUUUUUUUUUUUCUGUGUGCCUUAAUCAUAGAGGCUAGUCAAAAUGCUCAAACUCUUGGACACAAAUGCUAUGACUGCUUCAGAGGGUGUGAAAUUCAAACAUUUUAUCUGCAGUCUCUGAUGAACUGAUCCCUGGUAUGAUAAUCUGUUUUCAUGAAGUGCUUUAUUGACCCUCUAAUCGGUGUUUUUAAAAGGAGUGUCAUAGAACGACAUCAGGGGGGAAAUGAAAUGUAUCUUUUACCACAGAUUUUAAGGCAUAGUGCAAUUUUAUGUGAUAUUUUAUUCAAUUUUUUUGUUUAUAUACAGUAUUCAUAGUUGUGUCUUAUUUUAAGUUCUUAAAUCACGUCACUUUUAUGUUUCGGAACAAGAACAAUUGUUGAAAAGAAGUCAUUUUGAGGUGUGGACUCAUAUUAUAGACAUUGAUCAACACUGUGUGGGCUUGAAAAUGUUAAAAGACAAUCACAAGAAUGAUUUUCUUAAUGAAGGACUCCGCAUGAAAGUGGUUUAUUUUUCCUGUUUUGAAAGCAAUACUGUGUUCUUAUGCUUUAAUAAUGACUCUGUGCUGAACGUCUCGUUGGAAGAUUUAAGCAUCAGAAUAAUUCCUGAUUUGACCUUAUGGUUUGACUGUAUUUUCAACUCACAAAUCAUUGAAGUGUUGAACUAAGUUGACAUUUUGAGGGAGUCCAAUUUUGAUAAUGAUUGUACUUUUUUUUUUGCUGACAUUUCCCGUAUUCAAGAAAGCAAUGUUUUAUUCCAUGUAACAGUGCUAUAAAUUUGUAUUUUUGUAUUUAUAGAGUUGUGCAUAGACUUAAAAAAUGCUAACGGUUUAAAAAUAUUUGUGAUGGCAAUCUUUUCCUCAAAUAAAUGGAUUUGGAUGGACUGUUGAUCUAUAAAUUGGA